CACUUCUUUUCACUUUCACUGCCUCAGUGACAACCAGUUCUGCUCUCCUCGCCUAUCAUCUUUGAAACAUCCAGUCUGGCCCCACGGCCAUGAAAGCCUUUCUUAACAGGUUCAAUAGAGGCCUGUCAUCAAAGGACAGGGACAGGGACAGGGACAAGGACAAGGAAAAAGAGAGAGAAAAAGAUCGUGACAAUGCCUCAGUACUCACCAAGGACCGCAGUGACAACUCCUCUACCAACUCUCACUCACCACCCAGUCGAGAAAAGCGUGAGCUAGUACAGCUUCCACCGCUCCCAGGGUGGCCUCCUCCCCGUAUACAAUCAGAGAACAGGCUCUCUAUUGAGCCUGUUAGUAGACCAGCAACCGACGCCAGUAGUAGACAUGUCACUUCUCCCAGCUUAAUUCAACGUUCCAAUAGUGCAGGUACAGUCAAUACCAGUGCAGGAACCCCUACUUCAAUUUCAUCGCAUAAACCACUUCCCGACAUCUGUGCUCGCCCUUUACCUCCCAUCGAGGAACCCCUUGACGACGACAGUGGCGUCGGCCUUACCGUUUCCCCGCCUCCACACGACCCGGACCCUGCCACUACUCGCCGCAGGGCAAAUGGUAGUACCACCACUACCGGAUCAUCAAACGACGUACAGAAAAAAGUGGCCUUCCUUUCCCCCCCUCCGACUCCCUCGCCUCUCAAUACCCAACUCCCGGACACAUCGGUACUAAGCCCCUCUCAAAUCGUCCAAGCGCCCUCAGGCGCUCCCCUCAAAACCACCGUGUCGCGUUUUCAGGCAACACAUGGCAAGGACACGCGUGGCUCCAUCUCCACAGCCGCCUCAACAUCACGCACAGACCUCGCUACAAAGUCCAUUACCACUACCACCAUCUCCCCUCCAACGACGUCCACUACAGUAGCCUCUGCUCCAUCAACCAAUACUGCAAAAGCUACCAGUACACGCACAGCAGUCUCCCCUUACCCAGGCUCAAUGCGUUCCGCCACGCCCUAUUCUCAAAUGUCCAAUGCCAGCAGCCGCAUUCUCGCUGUCACCUCAUGGAGCGAGGCUGCAGAAGAAGACCUCGUCAGCAACCUUGGUCCCCGAGAACGUACUCGCCAAGAAGUCCUCUGGGAGAUCGUAGCUUCUGAAGAGCGAUACGUAAAUGACCUCACAAAAAUGAAAGAAUCCUUCAUCGAGCCCCUUCUCCACCCUUAUGCCACGCCCCCUCCUGUCAGCCCUAUACCGACUCCAUUCAACGAGUACGAUGACUACAGGGUCGAUACACCACAAGAAUCGAUCGACGUCUUGCCCAUCGCUGCGCGCUUCAUGAGUCCUCUUGGCUUCCGUGCUGAUGGAGCCUCCAAGCCCGCAGAUGGAGCUUCUAAGCCCGCAGAUGGUCGCAGCCUUGCUACCACGACUCCUCAAAUUGAUGACGAAAGUGAUGAGGAUGCCGAGGACACAUUAGGCGAGGGGCUGCAGACCAAUCGCUCCAAUUCGAACAAUACUCGCUCUCCUUAUCAUGGGGGAGGCAGUGGUGGCAGAGGGGCAACCAAAAUACGCGAUAUCGUCCCCUUCCCUUCACGUUCUCACGCAUCCCUUCCUGCACCUCAGCGUAAGCUUGCUACCUCGUCCUCGCAAUCACUGGGAGACAAGGAUAGGGAGCGGGAGCGCAAAGACAGUGCCAAGACCACUCCUCCACAAGGCACUCGGGUACUGCGCAAGUUCAAGCGCUCGAUAACGCAGGCCAAUAGUCCCCUCCAGAGUGCCGUUCCUGCUCACCUCCUUCCCGAGGAUCUACGCAUAUGCCUCGAAGUCAUCGAAGGUGGUGUGCUUGAUGGGCACGUCAAGCUCAGCGAAGGCCUGUUGAAGCGGUACGAGGAGCAGUACCCUCUUGUCCGGUCCCUAGCGGAUGUAUUUGUCUCAAGUUCUCAUAUCUUCCAAGGCUACGCAACAUACGUCUUGCAUCUCGAGCGUGCUCUGGAGCAGGUAGAUAACGCUUUGAGCACCGCAAGUGCUGCCAAGAAGCCCAAGAACCAAGAUGCUGCUGAAUGGCUCAAGGUUUGCAAGUCCCUGCAGCGGUUAGAAGAGCUUGCGGCCGAUAAAGGCGAAACCGGGCUUGCUAUCACCCUCUCGAAGCCCUUCCAACGCCUCCUCAAGUACCCUCUACUCUUCCAAAAUCUGCUCUUCCACACAGAUCCGAGUACGUUCGAGUACGAAAGUACUCUGCAGAUGGUUGCAGAAGUCGAGACGAUCGUGCGCAGCAUCGAGGAUGAGAAGAUCCAGAAAGAGGACCGUGACAAAACGCGUGAUGUGUUUGCGCGCAUUGAGGGGCUUGACAAGGUGAAGCAGCUUGCGAUCCCGAAGCCAUCAAGGUUGCUGCUGGAGGAGCGGCAGAUUUUUGGGUCUGCUCAUGGCUCAGGUUCGUCAAAAGGCCCAGGAUCGAGCCCGCCGCCAGUUGUCAAUGCCAAGGGCGUAAAGGGCAAGACGUCAUUCCGCCGGCUGAGUGAUGUGCUGGGCACGGGCUCAGGCAUAGGAGGCAAGAAAGACCUCUGGCUUGUGGUAUUCAAUGAUGUUGUCCUACGGUGCCAGCGCACGGGGACGACAUCACUACCUUUGGUUUCGGGGUCGAACUCGAGGGCGACUUCAUUGCCAGAGAUGCAGGGGAAGUCAAAGUAUGCUUCGACGGGGCGGAGAAAUUCGCAUACGAAGCCGAGGAACAUGUACAAGUUUCUCAAGAUCGAGACUUGGGCGAUAGGAGACGUCGUCCAGCCCAAGGAAGGGGUUGUCUCCAUGGAAGAUGUUGUGCGCUCCAAAGCCGAAGCACGGUCUCAGCCCAAGAUCGUCCCUCUCCCUGACGAUGAGGAAGAUGGUGAGGGAGAGUCGGACGACUCGGACAAGAAGAGCAAAAUGAGCUUUUCAUACUGGGGUGCAGACAAGAUCACCCUCCAGAAACCAGUCCUCAAGCCCAAGCAACACGGCGUCGUUGGUUCAACACGUCGUGUAUCUCCAGGCGGCACGUCCUCCUAUAGCCGGGAGUCCUCUGCAAACGCUAAGUUCGGGACUCGUCUAGCUUCAGGCGACCAUGCCUCUCAUUCCACACGCCCCAUGAGCCGGCGAACGCAAACAACACCCAGCACGCGUACACGUGUGAACGCUUCAGAAGACAGUCAUUCCACCAAGGCAACCGUCACACGACCCGCCUGGGACAUGAGCACACGCGGCAAUCCUCACGCCCCUGGCAUGAAGCGGUCACGCCAGAUCUCGCAAACGAGUGGAGCUGUCCGCGCGACCUCUACCACCACCAAGCCGCAAGUCUCGCCUGCUGCAUCAGAAGACUCAGGGGUGGGCUUGUACCGCCAAAUAGUGGCCCAGGAUCCAUCAUUGGUCACAUAGUCCGAAUUCUUGUCAUCAUCAAUCAAGCCUGGUUUUCCGCUAGCUUUCCUCGUCCAUCUUCACUACAAUCAUUCACGGCGCCCAUCAUCGCAUUUUGCACUCUCUUAUUUUAUCACUUCCUUACCUCCUCUCGCAGCCAGCCGACACACACAUUCGUUCAUCAUUCACCUCGCUCUUGCGCCUCUGCUCUCUUCAUCCUGCUAUGUCAGAGUCGGUACCCAAUUAUUUGA